AUGGAUCGUCGCCAGGCUCCUCCUCUUCCACCAACUCCGCCCGGCACGUGGGUGUUUGACCCGACCGCGCCAAAUCGUGGCCCCGAGGUCAACACCGCUGUCUGGACACUCUUUGGCUUCUCGACGCUCUUCCUCAUCCUGCGUGUCUACUGCAAGAUCCGCAAGCUGCGCAGGCUCUGGUGGGAUGACUAUGUGUUGCUGGCAGCAUGGCUCUGCUUCACCAUCUCAUGCAUCCAGCUUAGCAUCAACAUCUCGCGUGGCUUCGGUCGGCCAGGUGCCAACAUCGACCCUGCCAACGCGUACGACGUGGGUUUCGGCGGCCUGAUUGUCGGCGCCUUCAUCAUCCUCGCAGCGGUGUGGAGCAAGACGUCCUUUGCGCUGACGCUGAUGCGCAUCGCCGGCCCGAAGCUCAAGAUUGUCCUCUGGGUCAUCAUCGCGCUGAUGAACAUUUUCCAGUUCGCGGCCGUCAUCAUCCAGUGGACGCAGUGCACGCCCCUCGAGAAGGUCUGGAACCGGAGGCUGCCCGGGGGCACGUGCUGGCCUGUGCCCGUCAGUGUCGGCGUGUCCAUGUUCGCAGCGGCCUUUUCGGGCGUCAGUGACAUCAUUCUGGCUGGGUUGCCUUGGGUCAUCCUCGUCAAGCUGCAGAUGAAGACGAAAGAGAAGAUUGGAAUCGCUGUGGCCAUGAGCAUGGGCAUCAUUGCCGGAGUCACUGCGUUCAUGAAGUGCGUCAAGAUCCCCAUCCUCGGCAGCCAGGAUUUUACACUCCAUGGCGGCGAGCUCACCAUCUGGGCUUCCGCCGAGAUCGCCACAACCAUCAUGGCCGCCUCGAUCCCCGUCCUCCGCACGCUGCUCCGCGACGUCAAGUCCUCCUCCUCGGGCAACUCCCCGCUAAGGGAACGCACAACCACGUCUCCGUAUCAGCUAGCCACAUCCGCUCCGGCUCUGCCGGCCACCCCAACAACAACAACAACAUCAGCAUCAUCAACAACGAUGCGUACUACUCUGACAACAGCAGCGACAAGGGAAUCCUGGCAGGCGCCGCCACAGAGAGUUCCGGUGCUGUAGGUGGGGAGGGCAUCGUGAAAACGGACGAGGUCAUGAUCACGUAUGGCGCGCGCGGGGACGGUUCGAGCGUGG